AGCUGUCUGUAGUCUGCAGCAAGUUUUCUUCGAGCAAUUUUAACAUGUCUUAAUAUUAUAAAGUGUUUUUAUUGCAAAAUAUCCCAUAAAACUAUGGUGUUUGAAUGUUAAAAAUAUAUUUACACGUUUAAUUUGUACGGAUGAUGUUUAGCGAACUCCUAUGGAAGCAGCUGAUUUGUAGAGCGAGUGAGCAGCUGCGAUACGUUACAUGAUUCCUCUCGGUGUGGGUGACUGUGACUGCACGGCAGAAGAAUGUCCAGCAAUGGCCGGCCUCACGACAGACAUGAUCGGAUCGACUUUGACUUGGAGACCAUCAUCAGUGUCAUUACGAUGGAGCACAGUGACCCUUUGGUCACUUUCCCCGAGAUGUGGUACAACGUGUUCCUGUGGUCCCUCUUCUCCUCCAUGUUGGUCCACACGAUCGCAUCCAUCAUCGCAUUCACAACACUCCGUAAACACCAUUAUGGCAAGUUUUUUCCAGUAAUAAUAAUCUUUAUGGGAACAUUGACCCCGUUGGCGUGUGGGGCCAUGAGCAGUGCCGCCGUCGCGUUGGUCUACCGCGCUAGUGCCACCAAGAUGAUGCCUGCGUACGCAGUCAUGUGGGGCAUCGGACAGACUCUCAUCGGAGCUGCAGUCGGCUUCACCAGAAUUCUCGCCACAUUAUAACAUCGGUUCCUUCUCAAAACAUUCCACUUUGGUUGCCCUACCUUUAUCAUUUGCUCAACUUGUCCCAUGUAUGUUGUAUGUAUAUAGCCCGAGAUCAUUUCUGUCUGUGUUCUUCCACAAACAUUUCGUUAGGUUCAAAACACAAUACUGGUCUUAUUACGAUAUGGGUUAGUCAGUGUUUUUAUUGGCGAGAAGUGUUUUGUGGGAAUCUAAUUAACCAGAUUUAAAAAAAUUAUGAUCAGAUAUAUAAAAAACCCAUAUGUUACCUACAUUAAUAAGUUGAGAUACCCCUAGAAAAUCCCAUACGUUUAUAAUUUGUGAUUUUAAGAACUGUCCCCUAAAAAUGUGUUUUAUCUAUUGAAAUAUCGACCUCCUCCGAUUUUGAUAAGGAAUAAAUCGACUGUGGUUGUUUUUGGGAUUUUUAUACGAGCCUAUCGUACAAGUCUGACGGCAAACAUUGUUACCAUUUUGUUUAGAUGUUUACGGUUGGAAUUAAAAAGUAUAUAAAUAUAUUACUAGUAUUUAUAAAACAAUAGUUCCAACAAUAUUUUUUACAUGAAAAUAUCACAAUCUUUUUUAUUAUUAAGUGACAGAAUGAUGUUCGAUGAAUUUAUCUUAAUAUGAAAUCAGUUUAUAUACUUAUAAAAUUUUCUUGCAUUACAACUUAAAUCUUUUGUAAAAAUUAGAUUAGUUUUUUCAAAUAGAAUUAUUCAUAAUGAAUAAUGAUAUUAUCCUAUUUUUGUACUGUUAAAAUGAGUGGAUAGAAUUUGUGUGUAGCCCAUUGAAACCUAUCGAACGAACGAACCCACAUCCUAUGGUCUCAAUAACAUGUAUAUAUAUCCUGAAUGUAUCGAAAUGUGAUAAUCUAAGAAGGUAUGUUAGCUUUUUGUAUCAUCCUGCUUCUAUACACAAUGUUAGAUUGCUUUAAAUCUAUUAUUUGUACGAUUUCAAGUGAAAUUUUUACCUGUAUAUUGUUACAGCUGCUUCUAUUUUCCUCAUUCAGUUGAUUUUGUAACUUGACGGUUGGUGAUUCAAUAUACAGACGGAUGGUUAAAUAUAAGCCUAAUUACAGGUCUAGGCCCUCAUAAACCUAAGUGGGUUUACACUAAUUUCAUAAGUCAAACCUUAACUAAGAGUUGUAUUACUGUCUAUGUUUUUCUACCGAAACGUAUAUUUACGAGGAAAAUAAAACCAGUUAUAAAGUUAUCACACCUUUUUCAUAAUGCACAAAAUAGUACCAAGUGUACUUAUAUACCUUGUAGCCUAGACAGCUAUAUAAAUACAUGUAAAUAACUAAUUGUAAAUACGCUACAUGUCUAGUUAGUGUAAUAUAUUUUGUGUACAUUCGCUGUAGCGCUGUCAAAUAGUGGUUUCUAUUGUAAAGUUUUGUAUAUAACUUAUUCUGUUACGACUGGACUGUCCUCUAGUGUUCCUUUUUGUAAACGGUCGCAUCAGUUCGGACUCUCUAGACGAACAGUCAGUUGUUAUUAUGUUUUUUAAGAUAUAAUUUAUUACCCACCAGUUAAUGAUUAUGAUAAUUUGUUAAAUACAGCCAUUACCAUUG